AUGGCAACUGUUGAGUGUGUCAAGCAGCAGCAUCACCAAGCACAACAACAACAACAUAAGUAUCAUCAAAUGAAUAAUAGCAGCUCAUUCAAGAUCCCUAUGUGGUUAUGUAUGAGACCAUCAAUUACCCAAGAAGAUCAUCAUCUCUCAAAAUGGGAUAAUUCAUCAUUGCAGAUUCAUCAACAAGAUAAUAAUAAGAAGAACAAGAGCAAGAAGAGUCAUAAUAGAAGCAGUAGUAGUUGUAGUAUUGAUAAAGAUGCACCAGGAUCACCAAAAGUGGGAUGUAUGGGUCAAGUCAAGCACAAUCAUCAACAACAACUUACAUUUUUAUCAACAAAUAAUCACCAACAACAACAUACAACAAGUAACAAGAAAUAUUUCAAGCUCACCAAAAUGUUCUCAUCAAACAGCUUCAAUUACACUAGAACCACCUCAAGAACCAAUCAUAUGAUUACCGCUGCUACUACCACUACAGGUCCAAACAAUUCUAAGCUAUUACUCCAGAACCACAACCACAAUACUAAAGACCAACAAGAACAACAUGCUGCAUCUUCGUCGGAAUCAUCGUCUAGUUCUUCGUCAGAGUCAUUGUCGUCUACCACGACGACUUCGUCUUCUUUUUCUCUGGCUAGUGUUGGUGAUUUAGACCCUCCUCUACCUGUUAUUAAGCGGUCGCUGACUAACACUAAUGCAUGUAAUGGUGAUGUUAGUAGCAUAUGGAAAAGGCGGUGUGGUGGCGAGGCGGCUUUGAAAGGGCUUCAGCUAUCAUCAACGGUUAAGAGACCUAUCAAUAGUCUUGUUAUAAUUCCUCAACCUCUAGCUUCUCUUUGA